AUCACAUGUUGUUUACAAAUAUGCAUAAAUGUUGUUCCUUGUUCGUAAUAAAAUUUUAGAGACAAAAAUUAUUAUUUUUUUUUUCGAAUACCACUCGCAAACGACUUGAGCAGUUCAACUAACCAAACAGUGUAGAAAUUUAUUUAUUCGAUUCUGCGAAGUCAUAGGAAGACAUUUUUUUUAAUUAAAAACAUUUCUAACGAAAUCGGAACGACAAUGGUGAUUAGCAAUCGAUCAACAUUGAUAUUGGUAGUUCUCUGUGCAGCCAGUGUACUUGCAGAUUUUGGAUUUCCAGACAAUGAGGAAGAUGACGCUUCUAAAAAGAAUGCUCAGAACAAAAAACCAGUAUUCCUGCCGCAACAGUGCAACGAGAACGAACUUUUCUACCCAGGGGAUCAGAAGGACGAUUAUGUAUGCGAUUGCAAGCCCGGUCACAUCUACCAUCCGAAAACGGAUCGCUGCUAUAGUGCUUACCGCCAAGGUCCAUGCUCAGCAAAUCAAUUCCUCAUGAUUUUGCCGGGACAGUAUAUACCGGAAUGUUUGACGAAUCGUUGCACUCCAGACGGUUGGGUAACAUUUAGAAAUAAAUGCUAUUUAUUGAACGAAGCUGGACCAUGUGAUUUAGCUGAACUGUCGUACGUUGUUGCCGUGAAUGCGACGUCAUUGGAGCUGGAGUGUAUCAAGCAAAAUCCGGAUAUAUUAUCGCGAUUCGGAGACGAGGAAAUGAUUGGAACGUCAUGUUUACGCGGUACUAAGCGGUCAAUUCAAGGAAAAUGUGAAAAAUAAUUUUUACAAUUUUAAUUAAACAAAAUUCAGUACUUCCAUCGAAUGAUGAUUUUUCCUCGUUCGCAUUUGUACGUAUCAGUUGAGUUUAGUAAAUGCUGUGAAAAUUGGUGAA